AUGUCCCGCGGUGGCAGCGGCGCCGGGAAGACGGCGACAGCGAAGCGUGUACCGCCACCGGCAGUCCCGGGGGAUGCGUUCGGCACACCUCAACACAGACACUCGGGCUCGAGCUUCGGCUCACAAGGGUAUGCCUCGUGUGAGGAACAAGCCUACCCUCAACCCCCGGAUACCCCUUCACACACUAGAGAUGACCACUCCGAUUACGGUAGUACCGUGUCCGGUGUGUCAGGAGUGUCGGGCGCCAGCGGCAGCCUGGGCAAGAGUCCGGCGGGAGGUGGCACGUUCACCUUCCCACCACCGACACAACCCCUCACACACAAAGCUGCUGUAUACUACCAUCAUCAGCUAGCGUUGAGCGAUGAUCAAGGCAUUGAUAUGACACAGAGUCCUGGCCGUGAUAGCCCAGGGUCUUCAUCGGGCUCGGCAGGGUCUGGGUCACGUCACUCGUCAGCGUCACUGGACAGCGGCAGGGCGUCGGGUCGAAUGCCACACCAUCAUCACGCCGCGUGUCACUGCGGAGAUACUGUUGACAGAGUGCGUGCGAUGAUCGCUCAGGGUUUACCGGAUCCAGACAUUAUCCACGCCUGGUUAGCAGAUCUACAAAUGGAAGAAUAUGCAAGACUCUUCAUAGAAGCUGGAUACGACCUUCCCACUGUUACUAGAAUGACUCCAGAAGAUCUUACUGCUGUUGGUAUCAAGAAACCCAAUCAUCGCAAGCGGUUAAAGGCUGAACUCGCAAAUCUGAAUGUUCCGGAUAACUUACCAGAUUAUAUCCCCGGUUCCCUAGAAGAAUGGCUUCGCCUACUUAGACUGGAGGAAUAUGGUCCCGCCCUCGUAGCACAGGGGUACCGGACUGUACACGACGUUACGCAAUUAGCUUGGGAGGAUCUAGAAGACAUGGGCAUAGUCCGUCUUGGCCACCAGAAGAAGAUUUUAUUAGCCAUCAAACGCGUAAAAGAUAUUCGAGCGGGAAAAAGGAGCAUCAGCAAUCAGGGCUCAAUCGACUUUACGAGAAUACCUGGACAGGAUUUAUAUCCGAGGGAGCAUUUCCAGCAUUGGGAGAGACACGCGAGGAGUUUCCAUAAACCCCCCGAUCUAAAGUUCGAUGCGAUACCGACGCCAUUGUGUACCACAGAUUUGGUCCCCAUUCAGAUACGUCAUCCCCGUGGGAAAUCUUUGGAAAGUCUAGAAGAUCCUACAGAGAGGACGACACACACCACAUUUUCUCCUGAAGCAGGGUUCUAUUACGGUGGACAGUGGAGGCGUUCAUACGAUGAUGGGGAUAUAACACCAACAAAUGAUAGCUCUUACGAGGGUGGUGGGACGUUACCGCGUCCUAGAGGCUUAGUUAGACCGCGACCAGUAGCAAAGAUCCAAGCUACACCGGCAUAUAGAGAUAAAUCACCAGAUUACACAUAUGAUGAGAUAGCGUACUCAGCAAGAUUACAGCGUGUCGCUUAUGGUGCGAGUCCACACGUAGCUAGAAAACCGCCUCCAGAGCCGCCAAAACGACAAAGCUCUCAAUAUGCUCCAUUUACUCGAUUUGGACAGACUACAGUAGAAAUUCAUCCUGAAAAAAGUCUACCUUUAAGUCUGCCGGCAUACCCCAGUUCGGACUCGCUAAGCGUGUCGUUGGAAAGCACAGGGUUGCUGCCACCGCCACCGGCGCCAUCUUCUCCCCCGAGAAGAUACGAUGAUGAUAAAUUGAGAACUGGAUCAGAUGCCAGUUUUAAGUCAAGUUCCAGUACCGAAUCAGACAGCAUCCCAUUUGCAAACGAAAACGCGGGUACAAUCAAGCAAAAUCGCGGGCAAAUCGCCGGAAGACCACACACUGUGGACUACGGACGAUCAGGCAUCGGACUGGCCAACCUUCCCAGAAAUACUGACAUAAAACCAAAUCCUUUACCAGAACACAAAGAUGAGAAAAGCACAGAGCCAGUUGAUGUUCUGAACGACAUCGGCAACAUGCUAGCCAACCUGACGGACGAACUCGACGCCAUGUUAGAAGAAGAGAAACGUCAAGGAUUAACAGAUUCC